GCCAGGCGAAACAAAGGCUCGUAGCACGAUUGCUAGCGCGCUGCCGGUCGCCUGGUAACCGUCCGCUGCCUCUUUAUCCGGGGGGCGUUUCCGCGCCGCGGGUGGGGUGGAGUUGGAGUUUCCGCGGGCGCCAAGCCGUGUUCCGGAGCCAGUUCUCAUCUCCGCUCUCGUUCCUAUGCGGGCUGCGGCAGCGGCGUUUUCUGCAGCGUGGCUCCCGGCAAGCGGGAGGCCCCUCCGGGCAGCGGGUCGCUUCCCAGAGAGCGCGUCCGUGACCCGCCAUGACUUCGGAGCCUCCCCGGGCCUCGCUGCUCCGCGCCCUGUUUAAGACGGAGCCGGCGGCAGCCGCCUCUGAAGUGCUUGCGGGAGCCUCGGAGUUCGUGAAAGAUCGGCUGUACUUUGCUACUUUGAGGAAUAAACCAAAAAGUACUGUAAAUACCCACUACUUCUGCACUGAUGAGGAACUCGUCUAUGAAAAUUUCUAUGGCGAUUUUGGACCUUUAAAUUUGGCAAUGUUAUACAGAUACUGCUGUAAGCUAAGUAAGAAAUUGAAGUAUUUCAGUCUGUCAAGAAAGAAGAUUGUGUACUACACCAGCUUUGACCAACGAAAACGAGCAAAUGCAGCAUUUCUAAUAGGUGCAUAUGCUGUAAUAUACUUGAAGAAAACACCAGAAGACGCUUACAGAACACUUUUGUCUGGAUCUAAUCCACCUUAUCUUCCAUUUAGGGAUGCUUCAUUUGGGAACUCCACAUACAAUCUUACGAUCUUGGACUGUUUGCAGGGACUAAAUAAGGCCUUGCAGCACGGAUUUUUUGACUUUAAGACAUUUGAUGUGGAUGAAUAUGAACACUAUGAGCGAGUGGAAAAUGGUGACUUCAACUGGAUUGUUCCAGGAAAAUUUUUGGCAUUUAGUGGACCACACCCAAAAAGCAAACUUGAAAAUGGUUAUCCUCUUCAUGCACCUGAAGCCUACUUUCCCUAUUUCAAGAAACAUAAUGUCACAUCAAUCAUAAGACUCAACAAAAAAAUCUAUGAGGCCAAACGUUUCACUGAUGCUGGGUUUGAGCAUUAUGACCUCUUCUUCAUAGAUGGAAGCACACCAAGUGACAGCAUAGUUCAGAGGUUCCUCAAUAUCUGUGAGAAUGCUGAUGGGGCUAUUGCUGUACAUUGUAAAGCUGGCCUGGGGAGAACAGGAACACUGAUUGCCUGCUACAUAAUGAAACACUACAAGUUCACACAUGCUGAAGCCAUUGCUUGGAUAAGAAUAUGUCGACCAGGCUCUAUUAUAGGACCCCAGCAACACUUCUUGGAAGAGAAGCAAGCAAUGUUAUGGCUGGAGGGAGAUCUCAUCCAAUCGAAGCAGAAACAGCGAGUCCUUGAUGGAAACAUUAACAGAGUUCUUUGUGGCUUGAAGGACAUUUCAAUCAGUGACAGCUUAAAUAAAGUACAAGUUUUGGAUCAAUACAGGCAGAAUGAGUUUGAAGACAAUGCACAUGUGGAAGCUCAAGAUGGCAUGACACAGGGAGAUAAGCUCAAUGCCUUAAAAACACGGAGACGGACAUGUUCUAGUACAGGUGGAGCUCUGAGGCUGCAAGACACAAAACUGCACACAAGGUCACAAUCACAACCUUUCAGACUCAAUACUUCAGGUAGCACAGAAGGAUCCAUGUCUCCUCUGAAGGCCUCCAAAGUGAUGGCAGUUCAUUCACCAUCUGCAGAAAGAAUAAGCAGAAUUCCCACAUCCUCGGGCUCUAACCUUAAAAGUGUUUCCGUAAACUCCAGACUAGCCAGUUCUCUAGGGAACCUGUACGCUGCUUCAGAUGAUGAUGAGAGCAAACUGACAUCAUUGUCCUCUAGGACAGGUUUUUCUGUAAGCCAUAUCUCCAGCCACUUGAAUGGGAGCUUGCAGCUGCCUCCCAGCAAUAACCCUGAACUGAACAACAACUUGUACAACAGAAACAGCAGUAGUGGCAACAGCCUGAGCAGCCAAACCAGUUUUCCCAGCGCCGUGACACAUGUGUAUGCAUCAACCUUCCUUUAUGGGCCUUAUGACUCCUCCAGCACGAUCCCAGAGUCAGUGAAUUCCUUCCCUUCAGUCUGAGUAUGUUCAGUACUAAAGCCUUGCUGCUUUGGUGAAACCUGCUGAACUCUUAAAAUCCAAGUCAUUCAUGAAGAACUUCAGGAAGGAAACUGCUUGCUCAGAGGAGGAAUCUUCAAUACCCAGUACAUAUUAAACUCUUAACAAAGAGGAGACUUCUUAACAGGCAGAAAUUUCUUGUUACUGACUACUGCAGCUGCACUGAUGUUAAAUUUAUGGAAGUUCUUACCCCAUGUUAUAUGCAGAUUUAAAUUUUUAAUGUUGAGACAGCUUGAAUAUAUUUCUAAUGAGUUUCAUUAAGACAUUUAUUAACUUGUGUACAGUGUUAAAAUAUGUAUGUAGAAAAUAUUUUGGUAAGCAAUAUAUAUAAAAAUGAUGUAAAAAUUAGAAUAUAUUUUAAUUUAGUGUCCACUUUGCUACCAAAAAGUGUGUGUUUUAAAGAAUUUGUACAUGUUUAUCAAAGAUACAAAUUUUUUAUGAACAAGAAGUUUUUCUUGGUGUAGGGGUCCACCAUUCUUGCUUAGAGCCUAAUGUAAUUACUUUUUUGCUACUUGGUCUUCUGGUAACAUAAUGGAAGUCUAGUGAGAAACUAGUUAUUGCACUAUCGAAUAAAAGCACUUGAUGCACAGUCUCUUCCUACUUCCAGCUGCUAAUGUUUCAUAAGGAAAUGCUGUGAAAGAAAAAUAAAGGGAAAAUGUUGGUUGAGAUGGAACUUACAUGUUCAGCUGCAAAGAGAAAGUGAUUUAUUUGAUGAUUCAAUUUUAGAAUUAAUGCUUUCUUUCCUUUGUUUUAAAGGCAUGUUUUCACUUUCUUCACAAUGUAGAAUAUUACAUUUAGCUAUGCAAUACAUGCUGCAAAAAUGAAGGUAGGCCUGACUGAAGUUGGUAAAACUGUGUAUGUACAGUGAGUUAGGCAGUGCUGCAUUACUUACAUGGUUUUAACCUACAUUUGGCAGUAUGUGUACACUUUCAUUAGCAAAGAUGUUGGAAGUAUGUUAAAUUUUCACUUAUCAAUUAUGUAAGUUUGAAUAUCAAUUGGAUGUUUUGUGAACAUUUUAGUUUGCAAACUGCUGUUAAACACAUAGCUCAUGUAAGUUCCUGUUUCACAGAACGUUUUUGCAGUAGUAAAGAUGCUCUUUAAUGUGUAGUUUAAUCAGGUGUAAUUAGGAAGUGGAUUGGGAAUGAAGGUGUCACAGUGAAGCACUAGAGAUCCCAUGGGAAAUUUUCACAACUCCACAAGUGCACAGUAAGCAAAAAAAAAAGGACUUGAUUUGCCACUAGUUUAUAAGACAAAACCAGAACAGAUCUGUUACCUAGGAGUUUUUCUGAUACCUAUGGAAACUUGCAGAUCAAACUUGUCUGAAUUGUCCAUCUGUUCAUAAAGAUCAGGAAUUCCCUGCAUUUGCUUGACAGCUGAAGUUAAAGUGCCACGUUAUUUAUUUAAAAGAUAUGCUCACAAAUUGCUAUGGGAAGCUGUACUGAAAGUGUUACUAAGCAAUACUGAGAGCAGCUAUAUAAAUCACUGAAUAAAACCUUCAUGCAAUACUGUACUUUUUCCACAACUGUGUAUAUGUAACAUAUACACACACAAAGUAGUGUAUGUGUGUGCAUACAAUAUACUGUAUAUUAAUUAUAGAUUAAUGGUAAGGUAAUUCUACCUCUUAUAAAGAAUUUUGUCAUGUACUUUGUUAUGAAUAGUUUUCCUUGAUAAAAUAUUGUUUAAUUUUGAAAUGUAGAUAUAUAUAUAUAUAUACAUACAGCUAAUUGACAAUAAAAUGCCUUUAUCAUCCA